AUGAGCAGGAGGUUGCGCAGCGGACGCAACUACGACGCAUCCAAGGUUCCUACCGCCCCCAAGAGGCGGGCCGAUAAACGCAUGGCUCCGAAAACAGCCAACCGCGUGGAACCCGAGACGUCGAACAAGACCACUGAUGAGCAAGCGAUUGUACCAGCGAGAAGAGUACAGCUCACCUUUGGCACCAUGCCCCAAGGCGCAAGAGAGCCUGGCGAGCGCAUGGUAGUGCUGGGUGUCGGGAAGCGCCAGGGAAUAGCCUUCGCCGACACCGAGGGAGUCAAGUUAUCUCCCUCGGCCUAUGUGGCCCUCACGCAACGAGCCCCACCUAUCCGGAAGGUGUUGAGCUGGCCGUUGCCGAUUAAAGAGACCCGCCGAGAAGCGGAUGCCCCCAUGAACAGGGAAGCGACCUCAGAACAGAGCGUCGAACUCGUCGAGCGAGCGUCGGUCGAGCAGACAAGCGCUCCCGCAUAUGCUGACGACCAGCGAGCAACUUCGGAAGUCCCUACGACCCCCAACAUAGGCGCGGAAAGUAGGAGGGAAUUGGACGACGAGAUAUUCGUAACGGCUAGGACGAGCCGUGUACUAAAUGAGAGCAUCGUCCUGGAUGAUGACGGCAAGCCCGUGUUAGCGCAAUAUAUAGUUAUUGAUGAGAAGGAAAGCGAGACACCUUCCAAGAAUAGUAAGCGCAAGCGUACCCGCCGUAAGUCUAAGGGUAAAGGCAAGGAAAAAGAGCUGGACAUCAGUGUCAGCACCGAAUCCAAGUCUACGGCUAAUCAUGAGGGCCUCACCUGGGACAAAGAGGUACGCCGAGCCAAUGGCGACGACGGGGGCCCAGGCAACGUUGAGGAACUACCAGACGUUAGCGACUGGGUUAAUCCUAACUGGUCACGAUCGGAUUACAUACCCACGAGUGAAGGAGAUUGUACCGAAGCUGAAAGCGGAAACGGAAGCGUCGAAGUAAACGCGCUGAUAUACGAGCUGGCGGAUGAGUACGCAUUUGAUGAUGAGGAGUAUGCAUCAGUACUCCGGAACCUGAGGAGCUCCGAAAGGUCAGAAAGCACUCACAGUCAGACGAGGGGGGCUGGACCAUCGAGACAACCGCGCGUUACAAUUGAGGAAGUCGAUAGCGGGUCAGAGGACACGACAACAAGUCACACCAGGUCACACAAGAGUAAGGGAAAGGCAAAGGCUAAGGCUAAAGGCAAGAAGAGGAAACGUCCUAGCCUGGGAGCCGCAUUGGAUGACCUAGAAGGGACGCGGGAGCGUCACGUACAACGAACAGACCCCCAAAGCACGCCAAACGCAUACAGGGCGGGGGAUACCUGGAGGGUAUCAUAG